AUGGCUACUCUGGGCUCUCAUGAGCAGAAGCACAAAGUGACCGUGGUGGGGUCCGGCAACUGGGGUUCAGCUAUAGCCAAGAUAGUGGCAGAGAAUACAGCAGCGCACCCUGACUUAUUCCAGAAAGAUGUGCAAAUGUGGGUUUUCGAGGAGGAAUACCAAAUUCCCAAGGGCUCAAAACACUACGAGACAUCUUCGAAAUUCUCGACGGAGAAGCACAAGCUCACGAGGCUGAUCAACCACUUCCACGAGAACGUCAAGUACCUGCCCGACGUUUCCCUUCCCUCCAACAUCAUCGCCAACCCCUCACUGCAAGAAUCCGUCAAAGACUCUACGAUACUCAUUUUCAACCUCCCUCACCAGUUCAUCAGUGGUCUCUGCGACCAAAUGAAAGAAUCCAUCCUACCCUACGCUCGAGGAAUAUCUUGCAUCAAAGGUGUCGAGGUGUCCGAAGAAGAUAUAAGCCUUUUCUCCGAAUCAAUUGGUGAAAAGUUAGGGAUAUAUGUCGGUGCACUGUCAGGUGCGAACAUUGCCAACGAAGUCGCUCAGGAAAAGUUCUGCGAGACCACUGUCGCCUACGAUCCUCCGCCAAUGGACUCUCGAAACCCUACGCCUAAGGAGGGAAGAACACCUCAAGCUUCUCAGCUGGACCUAACGCAGAUCACGGAGCAUAAAGAUUCCAAGGGACUGACAUCCACGGUCCGAUUAACAGCUCAACCGGCGGAUCUCCCACCGCUUGACCACGAGCUCAUGCACACACUCUUCCAUCGACCAUACUUUCACGUCCAUGUGGUAUCGGACGUAGCAGGCGUAUCUCUUGGCGGUGCCUUGAAGAACAUUGUGGCCCUCGCCGCCGGCUUCGUCGCCGGUCUUGAAUGGGGCGACAACGCCAAAGCCGCCAUCAUGCGCGUGGGGCUCCUUGAAAUGCGCAAAUUUGGAAAGAUGUUCUUCGAGAACUCCGUCCGCACCGCCACAUUCACCGAGGAGAGUGCAGGUGUAGCCGAUCUGAUUACGAGUUGUUCUGGGGGAAGAAACUUCAGAUGUGCGAAGAUGAGCGUUCAAAGGCACAUGAGUAUUGCCGAGGUGGAGAAGGAGGAAUUGAACGGGCAAAUGUUGCAGGGAACGAGUACGGCGAAGGAGGUGUAUGGGUUUCUGAAGGCGAGGGGGAAGGAGGGCGAAUUUCCUUUGCUUACUAGCACCUAUCUAAUCCUGCAGGGUGAGGCCAAAGUAGAAGAUCUGCCUGACCUGAUUGCAAAACCCAACCUAUUUUAG